GCGUUAUCGAAGGUCGGCGUGGUGUCAGUGGACUGAAGGGUCUGUUUCCAUGCUGUAUCUCUAAACUAAACUAAAGCGUUCCAUUUGCCACUAUAGUUUCUGACAGAUUGAUCUGUUUAGUGUCUGAUUAUGUAUGAGGUUCCAAGUGCUGACUAUUCUGUACAACAAAUGAGAAAACUAGACUUGCAAUGGGUGUGGUUCCUAACCCACCAUUGCUCUGACAUGCCUGUUCUGACACAUUGCAUUUAAAGUGGAUGGAAAUGACUUUAAUUUUAAGAACAGUUGUUAUUUCAAAUAUAAAAUACUUAGACUGACAUACUUAAUGAAACAACACCAUUCCUCCUAAUUCUUUGACAUUCAUUUCCUAUCGACGGAAAUGUGCAAAACCAGGAAACAACCCUUUUAAAGAAAUUUUUAUUUCAAAGAAAAGAAAGUUCACGCAAAGAAGAUCAACAGAUGUGAAGAGGGGGCUGUCUCAGGAUGUGACAUCAUAGACAGGAAAGCAGGAGAGUAACCAAGCCAGUUCAUAUGUAAUCCUCUCUUGUCCCGGCACCGUGUAAAAUAGUAGAGGCUGCAGAGGGGGAAAGCACCAAACUGUGUGGCUGUGUUAAAUCGACUUCUUAACAAUGUAAAUCCCUCACAUCUGCAGAUUCCUACAGCAACCGAAGAUCCGUGUGCAGCAGAGAAACCAAUACUCCUUUGAGGAUUGCUGUUCGCUGAAUGUCAGCUGCUGGGAAUCAACUGUCCAGUGACUUGUGGAAUGUAAAGACUGAAUGCAAAGGCAGCUGUUUCAAAAAUUCAGUUUGCCACAUCAAGCUGUGGAGAAUGAACUGAGUGGGCUAUCUAUGCAUCUACCUGUCAACAUUAUCAGGACAAGUAAAUUGCUUCUAUGUUGAAUUGUUUUUAAGAGAGAAACGUUCCUUUCUACACCUCGUUGAAGAUGGCUCUUUGCCUGAAACAAGUCUUCAAUAAAGAUAGGACAUUUCGACCCCGGAAGAGGUUCGAACCAGGAACCCAACGGUUUGAGUUGUAUAAGAAAGCUCAGGCUUCACUUAAAUCUGGGGUUGAUCUCAAGACGGUAGUCCAACUUCCUGCAGGGGAAAACCUCAACGAUUGGAUUGCAGUGAACACUGUAGACUUCUUCAAUCGAAUCAAUCUCAUCUAUGGUACUAUUUGUGACUUUUGCACAGCAAGGACCUGUCCCAUCAUGUCAGGAGGGCUGAAAUACGAAUACAGGUGGCAGGACGAACACAAGUAUAAGCGGCCAACCAAAGUGACUGCUCCACAGUAUAUGCAUUUGCUCAUGGACUGGAUUGAGACACUGAUCAAUGAUGAGAUGAACUUCCCCACCAGAGUUGGUGUUCCUUUUCCAAGAAACUUCAUGCAACUCUGUAAGAAAAUACUCACUCGGCUUUUCCGAGUCUUUGUUCAUGUUUACAUCCACCACUUUGAUCGGAUUACCACGAUGGGAGCCGAAGCACACGUCAAUACGUGCUACAAACAUUUCUACUACUUUGUGACUGAGUUUGACCUGAUUGAUGAGCGGGAGCUGGAGCCUCUGAAAAUCAUGACAGAGAAAAUUUGCCACUAAUUCCAGCCACACUCACUCUCUCGUGACAUCUAACCCAGAAUUUGAACUCAUACGUUAUCCAUGACAAAAGAGAUUAUCGGAAAAUGACCAUCUACAAUUUGGAUCCCUGUAAAUCUUGAGCAAGCAGAUCCUUUUAAUGUCAUGUCAAGAAUCAGACCAAUGUUUAUUCAAUCUUCAAGUUUUCUCUUGGCAACAGAGUGGCAGUGAUAGAUAAUGUAUGCUGAUCAAUUGGCACUGACUUCAGAUUAAGCACCAUUGUAAACCCUACUUCGCGUUCUCUAAACUGAUUUAAUUCAGUCAUCUGACAUCAAUUCAGAAUUCCUGUGAUUCUUAAUUAGUUUCAUGAAAGAAAAUACAAUCAAAUUAAACGUCGCCGAAAAGCUUCCACCCUGAUUACCUGGUCAGUAAACUGAAAAAUUUGGUUCAAGUAAUGCUAUUUGUUCACUUAAGAAGAACUGCAGCAAAUGUUGAACGCCAAUGAGACCAUGAUCUACUGCCCAAAGAUUGUGUGGCUGAAACACUGGCAGUGGAUGCAGUACAUUCAUUAUAACACCUUCCAUUCCACAGUUAUAAUAAUGCAACUCAGCAGCAGAUUCAGACAGAAACUACACCAACAUCAGCCCCAGGGUUGUCAGAUACGUAUUAUGCCAAAAAGGAUCAGGUUUUGCCAAUAUUAUGUGAAACAAAGCAAGCUAGAAAUUGUGGCGGAAUGCCAGCAAUUCUCUACCAAUAUGCCAGAAAUAUAUUUUUUAUAUGUCACCACGUUCGUGAUUCCUGCAAGAUCAAGAAGUCCUGGACAGAAGUCAUCAGCUGCUCUUCCCUUGAGGUCUGAUGUUGGCUUUCCCAUGGUCAGUGACAGAAUGUGAAUCAACACAACACUGGCACUGGCAAAUCUACUCAUUGAACCUGAACCAGGUUAAAUACCGGCUCAGGAAUACCAUGUCAUUUAUUUUAAUACAGAUGGAUAAAUAUGAGGGAACUAAGUAAGAAUUUGGUAAUUUGCAUUAUUUUAAAUUUGCAAUUAUAAUUGCAAUUGUAGAUAUUUGAAUGUUUUGUUUAAAAUUGUUCUUGAUUAUUUUGAAAUGUGCUUAUGUUUUUUUAGUUGCUUUGAAUAUUUUUGAAGAUGCAUGCAUAGUCCUUGACAGGUUUGGCUUCUGGCUAACAUUAGGGAUGUCAGGCUUAGCUGACGAUCACAAUCCCUUUAAGUAUUGGGUAGAUAGAGUUUAUUCUGAUCUGCCCUGUGAUUACAUUACGUUCAUCUGCCACCUACCUAAAGCUUAGGUAUUUCUCCCAUCCUUAUACCAUGACAUUGGUCAGUGCCAAAGGCAGGUACUUUGCCACUUGGUGAUAGUUCUACUUCAAUAUCAAUUUCCACAUGUAGAUUGACAACAUCCAGGUCUACCUCAGCACCACCUCUCUUGAUUCAUCUAGUAUCUCUAAAUGAUGAAACAGACUGACAUCGAAGACUGGAGGAUCAGAAAUUUAUCCAGCUAAACAUUAGACAAAUUAUCGCCAUUGUACUCGAUGUCUGCCACAGAUCUAUUUCCUAGCAACUAUUUGAGAUUAAACCCCAGAUAGUUAGCAAUCCUCAUGUUAUAUUUCAUCAUGAGAUGAGCUUCGGAUAACAUAUUCACAGUAAAAGUUUAAUCAUCCAUUUCUAUCUUUGUAAAAUUGCCCAACCACACCCACUCUGUUGAGGUUUGAUCCAAUGUCUGUGCUGAACAUGAUGCCAAGAUAAUGAAUCUCAUCUGCCUGCACAUGAACCACAUUCCUCCGUUUCCUGCAUAUUCAUGUGCCCGUCUAAAAGCCACUUACACCCCACUUUUGUAUCUGCCUCUACCACCAUUACUCCUGCCAACACGCUCUCGGUGCCCACCACUCUUCUGUAAAAAAGAAACUUGGCCCAAACAUCUCCUUUAAAAUGCGUCCCUCUCACCUUAAAUCUAUGCUCUCUAGUCUUUGAAUUUCAUUAACUCUAGAUCUAUUUUCCAACAUUCCCAGCUGGACUCCCUCAUCUCACUCUAUGUAAACACCAAGUCACACAAAACUUGGCUGUCUGUGUUAUAACUCUCACCAUUUUUUUCUAUCACUGUAAGUGGCUGCUAACCAUCAUUCACCCCUGGUUAAGCAAUGCCUCAGUUUUUUAAAUUCCUAUCCUUGUUUUCAAAUCCCCCAAUAAUCUUAGCUAUCCUUCUAAGAUUUACCCACUUUUCUAAUUAUCAUUAUUAUCAAACCUGAAGUUUCAACUAACAGUCAUGCCUUCAGUUCCUAAAGACCUUAGUUCAUGAAUUAUUUCCCUAAGCCUCUCCAUCUUCCUACUUCACUUUUCCCCCAUUAAGGAGUUCCUUAAAACUUAGCACUUUGAUGAAGGUUGAAACUAGCUGCUCUAAGAUAGCAGCUUAUCUUUAUGGCUCAAUAACAAAGUUUAUUUGAGACUCAUUCGGUGAAAUUCCUUGGCAUUUUGCCACAUUUUAAAUAUUAUAUAAGUUGUGGAUGUUGAUUAAACAUGUAGCAUCAUUCCAUUUGGAUUAGAUCUCAUACCACCACUUGACCAGCAAGUGUGAGAUCUAGACAACCCCAACCAUGAGACCUUCAAGGUAUUUCAUCCCAACCACGCAUGAAAAGAGAUCAACCUCAGCCAUUUACAGGCACAUAUAUCCAUCUACCCCAAUGAUAGAACACCAGUGAUCACAUAUGACAUGAGAGGGCUAUGAUAUCGGUGCUUCGUUUUUUCCCCUCUGUUUAAUGUGAUAAUUCCAAAAAAAAAUUUGAAUUUGUUCAUAUUAUUAAUUAAUUCUGCUAAUCUCGCAUGCAAUGAACAGGCUAAUGCAAUAACAUCACAAAUGGCAUGCUGACCGUUCAACGACCUUGUUUUAAAAAAAGAACUGGCACAUAGGAAAGGGACAGAUCAGCUUUGCAAUGUUCAAUCAAGGAGAAAAAACACUCAUCUCUGAUACAUUAAGAACAGACAGCAUGAUGUAUGCAAAAGCAAUAAGACUGUACAGAAAUAAAUUGUUUGUCUUUAUUCAGAAUGUACUGUUCUUUUACAGGAUCUUAAAUUUGAACUAAUUUGGAUGACAAUCUAGAUGCGAGUCAGGUUUUGCCAUUUCUAAAUCUAGCAAUCACUCAGCCCAAAACUAAAAAUACUGAUGUAAUCAUUUAUCAAUGACGGAUUUAGAUGGAAUUGUGCUUUUAAAAACCCUUAUUUUAAAUUAAUGCAUCUUAUUGGGCUGUAUAGCGCCUCAAAUCCUUCACUUAAUUUAACUACAGGACCUGUAUUGUCUCAGAAUCAUACCGUUAGGUACCUGGUAGCCAACACAACCCCACAUUUUAAAGAACUAAAUAAUGUUAUUUUGGAAUUGUACACAAGUAGGAAAUAAAACAAUUUGAGAAUUUCAGUCAUCGUAGAAUAUUUAAUCAAAUUGUUAAAUCUAUUGGAUAGAUUUACAAUGCAGUUCAAUUAAUUCUCAAUUCAUAUCAAAUGGACAAGCAACUGUUUAGAAUGAAGUUUGUACACAAAAUGUAACGCAAAAUGAUAUUGAAAUUAAGCUCCAUUCAUUCAAAGUAGUAUAAAUACUACACUAUCGGUCAGUUGGCUUGUUCACCUUCAAUUCCAUAUGAUUUAACCUUUUGGUCCAGUAUAUUAUGUGGGACUUUGUCAAAAGCUGUGCUAAAGUUAAUGCUGACAAUGUUCACCACCCUGCCCUUAUCAAUCUGCUUGUUGACCUUCUCAAAAAAUUAUAAAUCUGUGGACCAUGAUUUCCAAUGCACAAAACCACGUUGACCAUCCCUAUCAGUCCUUACCUGUCCAAAUGCUGGUAGAUCCUGUCCUUCAGAAUCCCCUCCAAUAACCUAACCAUCACUGAUGUCAGGCUCAUUAGCUUGUAGUUCCCUGUCUUGUCUUUGCAACUUGUCUUAAAGAAGGUAAAACAUUAGCCAUGCUCCAGAUCUCUGGUAUAAUUCCCUUGGUAAAAAUAAUAGUUUUACUAGGGCCCUGACAAUUUCUUCCCUAAUGCCCGAGGGAACACUUGGUCAGGCCCUGGCGAUUUAUCCACCUUAAGAUAAUCUACUGCCAGUUCCUCUUUUGUAAUGAGUCCAAUGCAAUUCCAUCAAUUCCUUUAUUCCAUGACCUUCUCAGUAAAUAUGGAUGAGAAGUAUUCAUAGUCCAUCUUCUGUGGCUUGACAAAUAGAUGACCACAUUGAUCCUUAAGGGAGCCUUUUUUCUCCAUUGCUGCACUUUUGUUUUUAAUAUAUCUGUAGAAUCUCUUAUUAUUAUCCUUUAUCUUUGAUGGCCAGACUUAUCUCAUGCCCUCUUUCUACUCUCCAGAUAGCAAGCACAUAAUAGCAACAGAAUGCCUUCAAAUUACCUUUUGCAAACAGUUUGGUGGAGAAUCCAUCCAAUAAUUGCUUUCAUUUUAAAAGGUAACUGAGUAAAAUCCUAACGGCCUAACAUCAACCGUCCCGCAAUAAAUACAAUGCUUCACAAUGGUGGGAGUUCACAUGUAGUUGAAGUGUCAGUUGCUCAGUUAGUUCAUAAAGUUUAACUUUAAUAGCCACUUACAGUUUAAGAACUGUAUAAACUGAAUACCACUUUCCAUCUUAGAUAUAUUGACUCCAAGAAAGAGUCUGAUUCAUGGUCAUAGUACCAUCAUUCAGUUCAUAUCUAAUCUAAUGACUGAGCCAUAGUGAUUGAGUAAAUAUUAUUAUAAAGAAAAAUAAUUUAUCUUGCAACUUUGUGUAGCAUUAAAAAAUAUUUUUCACGUUUUAGACAUUUAUAUGAAUAAAUACUUUGUAAUAAUUUCUUACAUCUCAACUAUUAAUAGUUGCUUGAUUUAAUGUAUUACUCUGUCAGUUGUUGCUUUUAUAUACUAUUGUUAUAAUAAACCAUGUAUCGUUCAUUUUUGACA